AAAAAAAAAAAAAAAAAAAAUUGGAACUAAAUAUUCGUAGCUUCCAGGUAACGUACGAGAGAGGCUGAAAUUCCAAGAAAGAUCAAACUUUACUGAUGGUCGUUGCGCGUCUUCGUCUCAACCAAAACCGCCUCUCGAUCUCAAAGAUUUCCAGGAAGGCUUUUUGAAUAUUUUGUUAUAAGAUUUUGAAGGAAUUCAAAUAUGAGUGAUAACUUGAUGGAGAAAGUAAGUGCUUUCGGUGAACGCCUCAAGAUUGGAGGUGCCGAAGUGAGCCGAAAGAUGAGUGAAGGCAUGAGCUCAAUGAGCUUCAAGGUGAAGGAGCUUUUCCAAGGCUCAACCCAGGCAGAUAAGCUUGUUGAAGAUGCCACCUCAGAGGACCUUGAUGAGCCUGAUUGGGCUAUGAAUCUUGAUCUUUGUGACAUGAUCAAUCAUGAAAAAAUUAACAGUGUUGAAUUGAUCCGUGGAAUCAAAAAGAGGAUCAUGUUGAAGAGUCCUAGGGUUCAGUACUUGGCUUUGGUGUUGCUUGAAACGUGUGUUAAGAAUUGUGAGAAGGCUUUCUCAGAGGUGGCAGCUGAGAGAGUUCUUGAUGAGAUGGUGAAGCUGAUUGAUGAUCCUCAGACCGUAGUUAAUAAUCGUAACAAGGCUUUGAUAUUAAUUGAAGCAUGGGGAGAAUCGGCCAGUGAGCUCCGCUAUUUGCCUGUUUAUGAAGAAACAUAUAAGAGUUUAAAAUCUAGGGGGAUUCGAUUCCCUGGCAGAGACAAUGAGAGUUUGGCACCUAUCUUUACUCCUCCUCGUUCAGUAUCAGAUUCCGAUUACGAUGCUAGUCUUCCCCAACAGAUUCAGCGUGAUUUUCCUGUGCAAAGCUUUACAGCUGAACAAACAAAGGAAGCAUUUGAUGUUGCAAGAAACAUUAUUGAGCUUCUUACAACGGUCUUAUCCUCUUCACCCCAACAAGAUGCUUUGCAGGAUGACUUGACAACUACCCUGGUACAUCAGUGUCGUCACUCGCAAUCUACCAUCCAGAGAAUCAUUGAGGUGGCUGGAGAUAACGAGCCCCUGCUUUUUGAAGCCUUGAAUGUAAAUGAUGAGAUCCAGAAAGUCCUCUCCAAGUAUGAAGAGCUUAAUGAGCCGUCAGUUGUUCGCAUUGAGCAAGAGCCUGCUAUGAUACCCGUUGCUGUUGAGCCUGAUGAGUCCCCCCGUCAUGCAAAAGAAGACGCCCUGAUUAGAAAACCAGCUGGUUCACGCCAGGGCGGAGGUAACGAUGACAUGAUGGAUGAUCUUGAUGAAAUGAUAUUUGGUAAGAAAGGAGGUGCUACUUCUGACGGUGGGCACAAUACCAAGAAGCGACCACCAAAGGACAAUCUCAUAACCCUUUGAGCUGCUUCGCUUGCUCAAUUAUUCGAUGAUUUUAGGACACAGCACGCCGGGAUGGUGCUGAUACUGGGGUUUUUAGUUGGUGAAGAACAUUUAUGCUAGAUGUUUAAAAGCUUAUCGGCUUCAUAAACAUGGUUGUGGACUCUCUCUUGGGAAUUUAAAUUGUUUCUGCACAUCAUGUAAGUAAUAGACGUUUAUAUAUGGAUGGGUAAUUAUAUAGGAGACCUUGUGAACAAUUACAGUUA